UGUUGAUGUCACAAUAUGACCUGCAGCCAUUAAUGUGGCCACAGCCACUCACAGACCAGAUGGCAGGGUCAAGAGGACCACAGUAAGAUGUGGAAGAAAACUGAUCCUCAAGCCAAGAUCAAAGCAGGGGACAGGCCUCAGAUUUGCCAUUCUCUGGCUCUGGGAUCGGCCACAGAGUCGGCACUGCCACAGGCUCAAGAACUGUCAAACUUUCAGAACACUUUGGUAUUUGAGGACAUUAGCCAACACAUCAAAGAAGUAGGAGCCCAACUGGUAAAGAAAGUGAAUGCCAUCUUUCAGCUUGACAUCACCAAAGACGGGAAGACCAUCCUGCAGUGGACCAUUGACCUCAAGAAUGGUUCUGGGGACAUGUACCUGGGAUCUGCCCGGCUUCCUGCAGACACUGUCUUCAUCAUCCCUGACUCUGUCUUCACAGAAUUAGUUGUGGGUAAGAUGAACCCACAGAAGGCUUUCCUGGCUGGCAAGUUUAAAGUGAGAGGCAAAGUUCUCCUUGGCCAGAAGCUGGAGAGGAUCUUCAGAGAGUGGGCUAAAAUUUAAGCAUGUGGGAAUACCCAGGGAAGAUCAAGAUUUCUGGCUUAUUAUAAUGCCGAGCAGCAAUCAUGCUUUAACUGAAGAUUAAAGGAAAAAAUAUCCAAUAUUUUUACUCAAUAUUUUUACUCAAUCUUCCUAUUCAAGUUUGGUUGAUUUCCUGCUGAUGUGUACGUUUGCUGGGAUCCAGGAUAGUAAAAAGUGUUGGAGUGCAACACCUA